GUUUCUGACGUCAUGGUUGCACUGUUCGAGAACAGGAGAGGGGAGGGGAAUAAUACUCACGAGUACAGAGGUCGCAUUGGAAACAGGCAUUUGGGAACGUCGCCUUGUAUUCAGUUUGGCAAACGUCAGUUUGCUGCUUUGAUUUAUUCGCUGAAGGGGCUGAUUAAGUAAUAACGUCUUUCUGCGACUGGCAAGUGGGAUAUUUUCGGCUUUGUCUUCUGUUAACGUCGCUAACGACACCAAAUCACAAGCUAGCGCGGUUCGAUGGUUUAUCCUGCCAGCGAUGAGCCGCCCGUCCUCUACCGGACCCAGUGCGAGCAAAACGUGCAGUAAGCAGCAGCCGCAUGCUCCUUCACCUGCAGCUCCGGCAACGAUAUCGGUUGGCCCGGGAUCUUCUAGCAUUCCGACUGCGGCCGCUAUUAUUUCGGGGCCGGGAUCCCCGCAACACGAACUCACCUCCCUUUUUGAAUGCCCAGUCUGUUUCGACUAUGUGCUGCCGCCGAUCCUGCAGUGCCACGCGGGACAUCUUGUGUGCAAUCAAUGUCGCCAGAAGCUAACGUGCUGCCCAACGUGCAGGGGUGCUCUGACCCCCAGCAUACGGAACCUGGCCAUGGAGAAGGUGGCGUCUACCGUGCUUUUUCCGUGCAAGUAUGCCUCUACUGGAUGCUCCCUGACGUUACAUCACACAGAAAAACCAGAGCACGAGGACAUCUGCGAGUUCCGACCUUAUGCUUGCCCAUGCCCAGGUGCAUCCUGCAAGUGGCAGGGAUCCCUGGAAGCUGUCAUGCCUCAUCUAAUGCAUGCUCACAAGAGUAUCACCACCUUGCAGGGAGAGGACAUUGUCUUUCUGGCCACAGAUAUAAAUCUGCCAGGAGCUGUCGACUGGGUCAUGAUGCAGUCUUGCUUUGGUCAUCAUUUCAUGCUGGUGCUGGAAAAACAAGAGAAGUAUGAAGGUCAUCAGCAGUUCUUUGCCAUUGUCCUGUUAAUUGGGACUCGGAAACAAGCAGAAAACUUUGCCUACCGCCUGGAGCUAAAUGGCAAUAGGCGACGUCUGACUUGGGAAGCAACACCCCGAUCCAUUCAUGAUGGAGUAUCUGCUGCAAUUAUGAACAGUGACUGCCUAGUCUUUGACACAGCUAUUGCGCACCUUUUCGCUGAUAAUGGAAACCUGGGAAUCAAUGUGACCAUAUCCACAUGUUGUCCAUAACAGGGCCUGGGGAUUGUUUUUGUUUUUAAGCUUUAUUGUUUCACACCAUUUAGUUAUUCUGUGUUGUCUGUUGUCAUCGUACUGGUAAACAAAGCAGAAAGACUGCAUAUCUUUUUAAAACAGUCUUAUUGUUACUAUUUAAAUUUGUUGCCAUAGUAAAUCUAGUUUUUUAAUAUGCAUUUUAAUGAAAGAGUUAUUUAAUUUUCUAUGCAAAGACAGACAAUUUAAGACAAGCCUCUAAUGGCUGUUUUUUUAUCCCCAUUUUGAAUUUUCAAACAAACAUUAAAGCUCUUUUUUUGGUCAGGCUUUACAAAGCAUAUUAGGGGGAAUUGAAAGCUGUUUCUGGAAUUGAGUUAGUGUAUUUCUGCACCUCACUUGUACAUCUGCAUGAAAAACAUGUCCUCCACCUACUGGGUUCUUACUUUCCUUGAAAACUCUGAAAAUGUAAAUCUUUAUUUAAAGUCAUUUAAAAUAAAAAAUGUACAAGUGCAUUGAUUAGUGUAGCUUAGUUUAUCGUCACUUCAUAUGACAUGUAUAAGUACAUUUUGAAGUAUAUAUGACAUUAAAAUAAGUGCAAAAGAAGUUUCUUACAGAAAAAGGCUCUUCGAGAUAAAAGUGGAAUUUGUACUUUCAAAUACAUGAAUGCACAUGAACUCACAGAUGGAUAAUAAUGCAUUUUAAAGAAUGUUUGCCUAAAAGACUAAUCUUUUUUGUUAAGUAACGUUCAUUUAAUCAAACUAAGUGCUGAGUGGUCAUUAGUAAGUUAUUACCAUAAAAUAUUAUUGCAGGAUUUACUUCUUGUGAGUAGAGUUUAUUUACAUCUCUAAGAAUGCCUGGAAUUUGUAAAGAAAUAACUGAUGAAGAUUUUUUGGAAUUAAACUGUUUAAUUAAGAACUUCUAAUGGAAGUAUACAGUAUGUUAUGCAUAGAAUGACAUCAUGUUGAAAUCAAAAUACUGCAGAUAUUUCACCCUUUGUAUGUUCACAGUACUUCUAACAUUUAUGAAGUGUGUUCACAGAGGAUAUUACUUGUUUUUUGUAAAAAUGUCUAUGUCUGAGAUAGAAAUAUAUAUUACAUUUCUUAUCUCAUUAAAGUUUUUCAUAUUUCA